ACGUCCUGAGACAUUUUUUCGACUCUCCGUCGCCGCUGGUGUGGAAGCGCGCGCUGCUGUGAACCAUGUCCAAAUCCGCGAGGGACGUCCUGCUCGACGGUCUAGAAGAUCUGACCGAGGAGCAGUUUAAGAGGUUCACCGACAAGCUGAUUGACUCUCGCCAGGAGCCGCGCGUGCGGCGGGGCGCUGUGGACAAGAAGGACCGCUUAGAUGUCGCGCGCAUUAUGAUAGACACCUACACGGAAAAGCGCGCGCUGGUGGUCGCAGUGGAUCUGCUGAAGUCGAUUAAACUCAACCAGGUAGCGGAGGAUCUAGAAAAGGAUGCAGCAGCGAUUGGACUCCAGCUGACCCCUAAAGCAGAUGAAACAACCAAUGCAGAGGCUCCAUUCAGUGAAGCCAAAUUCAUUGAUGCGAAGUCUGCAGAUCUGGUCAGCAGAGCCACUGGGGUGGAAUCCAUCUUGGAUGUUCUCCUGAGCAGGAAGGUCAUCAACAACAACCAAUACAGUGACAUCAGCGCAGAGAAAACGCCCCAGAGGAUGAUGAGCGCUUUGAUUCGUGGACCAAUUUUUGCUGGUGGCAACCCAGCGAAAAGCGUCCUCUAUAAAGUUCUGAUGGAUCAGCAGUCCUACAUGAUGAAGGACCUGGGCGCUCACUAAAGAACUUAGCAGCCACACUUUUCUAAAGAAUUACUGGAGCUGGAUUAGCAUGUGUCUGACUGCAUUUCUUGGUUUUAAAACCACGUGUGAUCUAACUUGGCUUUUUGUGGUGAUUAAUUCACUGCAGAAAGGCUGGAAUGCUAAGUGGUGGAACACGGACACUUUUUAAAAUUAACAUUUUAUACCUACAUUUUUCAAAGUCCUUGUUAAAUAGAAGAGCAGUUGGGUUGUUUACAGAUUUCUAACAUAUCCAACAUCUCCUCAGGUAAAAGUAAUCCAGCUCCAGUAAGUCCUACAUCAACAUUCAUAGGAUAUUGGAACUGGUCAGUACACUCACUAAUAAAGAUCUUUCUGUGUUUCACAUUCUUAUAUAGAUUUAUUAAUCAGUCAUGUUGUUGAUGAAGCUCUGAAUCACUUAAGAUCAUUCAGAACAUUUGCAGCAAAAGAGUCAUUCACUGCUGCUCUGCAAAACCAUGCAGUAUAUUCAACACAUCUAAUAUUUCUAUUAAAAUUGUGAAGAUGUCAUAGGAUUACAGUGCCUGUCUGCUCUGUUCCUGCUUACUUAAAGCGAUUUUAUCAAAUGAAACUAUCCUCGUUGCCAGAUGUAAGAAAGAAAUAAACUGGGCUGUGAGCGCGGCGUUUAA